AUGGCCACUGGGGAUCUGGUGGUAGGCAUGGUCUUCUUAUCACAGACUAUCCUUGGAAUCCUGGGGAACUUCUCUCUUCUUUGCCAUUAUCUCCUCUUCCACUUUACUGGGUGCAGGGCAAGGUGCACGGACCUGAUUCUCAGGCACCUAACCAUAGCCAACUCCUUGGUCAUUAUCACUAAAGGAGUCCCGCAGACCAUGGCAGCUUUUGGGUUGAAAUAUUACUCCCAGGAUUUUAGAUGCAUUCUUCUUUUCUUUGUACAAAGAGUGGCCAGGGGUGUGUCCAUGGAGAGCACCUGCCUCCUGAGUGUCUUCCAGGCCAUCACCAUUAGCCCCCAGAACUCCAUGUGGGCAGUGCUUAAAGGGAAAGCUCCCAGAUACAUUUUCCCCUCCACCAUUGUGUGCUGGAUCCUGAACAUAUUGAUAAACACCAUUUUUCCUCUUUCUGUGAUUGGCAAGUGGAUGGAUGCAAACAUCACGAGAAAAACUGAUUAUGGAUACUGUUCUUCAGUAUUUUACCAUAAACUCAUAGCCUCGCUGUUUGCAGCAUGGCUCUCAUUCAGUGACGUUUUAGCUUUGGGGGUCAUGCUCUGGGCCAGCGGCUCCAUGGUUUCCAUCCUGUACAGACACAAGCAGCGGGUCCGACACAUUCACACAACCAGCCACUCCACCAGGUCCUCUGUGGAGUCCAGAGCCACACAAAGCAUCCUGGUCCUGGUGAGCACCUUUGUAUUUUUUUAUGCCCUCUCAUCCAUUUGUCAGAUUUGUCUGUCUUUUUUAAAUACCUCAAGUCGGAUGGUGGUGAACAUGUCUGCAUUCUUUACUAUGUGUUUUCCUUUUCUCAGCCCCUUUGUGCUCAUGAGCUAUGACUCCAGAGUGACCCGACUCAGCUUUGCCUGGAGAACGAAAGAAAAUUCUAACAUUUUGGGGCACCUGGGUGGCUCAGUCUGA